AUGGCAGCUGCUGCAGCAGAGGCUGCAGAAGCCGCUGCCGCUGCCGCUGCAGCCGCCGCCGCCGCCGCCGCCCGCUGCUGUGAGGACGCCGCAUGUUCGAUAGCAGACCUUCAAUUAUCCACUGCGGAUGGGGAGGGGGUGUGUACUGGCAUGGAGCAAGUAAAGCUCCAGGCACCCGCUGACGGAGACGAGGAAACGGGUGGGACACGUACGAGGGACAACAGUACAUUGGUCUCCUUCCAGUCGCGCACGGCAUUCUCCAAAGGGACGAGGCCGAGGGUGUGUUUCUUGGAUGGGGAGCGCCAAGUCCAAUUGCUCAUGCCACCCUCAUCGAAGCAGCAUGGAAAGACCUCCACCACCACCGGUGUGUCGCCUGCGUCGAGGUUAAAAGGCGGCCUAGUGAUGGGGAGAGAAUUAACCAAUGGGUUUGACCGACUAGUACUUCUUCCAGAGACUCAUGGCUCAGGCACCAAAACGUUUUGGCACAGAAUUACUGGCCCGCCAUGCCGACUGCGUGCAUGUUGGUGCGAUCCACGCGAUACGGCAGCGUCCUACGCGGGUGUAUUGCACUACCACUGUAAGCAUGAACCCAUCGGAGGGGAUUUGGGUGACAUGGACACCGAGGGCAAGUUGCUGGGUGGCAGCAAAAUGACGCAAGGUAGCUCUCGGCGGGUGCUGCGGCGCGUUAUUAAACAGGUGUCAGAAGAUGUUCGUGAGAAAAAUAUUUCCUACGACGGUUGCAAGGAAACGGGUCACCGUUGUGAAUCCAUUGGCUUCUACGGUAAUCCAAAGCCUGACAGGAGUUCCGUAUUUUUCUUUGCGAGUCCACACCCACUUCAAGCAAACAUUGUCGAAACUGUCACCGAUGCUUCUUGA